UGUAGUCUUACAUUCACUUUUAUUUGUCAGAGGAUUAUAGUGACUUUAUAACAUCUCUUUUAUUCCAGUUUUCAAGAAGCACCAUGGGGAAUCAAUCUGGUCGUCAACAAAUAGAUACAGAAAUUAAAGAAGCUCUGGAUGAUGAUCAAAACUUAGCUGGUGCAAAGAUCCAGGAGUAUUUGGACAAGGACCAAAAUGUUCCUCUAAAUAUUGCUGUCACAGGAGAGACUGGCUCUGGUAAAUCCACCUUUGUUAAUGCCAUUAGAGGUACAGACAACAAGGAUGAGAAAGCUGCUCCUACUGGUUUUGUAGAAACCACCAUGAAGGUCACAUCGUAUCCCCAUCCAAACUAUCCCAAAGUGACAAUCUGGGAUCUUCCUGGUAUCGGCAACGCUGGUUAUCCUGCUGCUAAGUACCUGAAGACGGAUGAAUUUAAAAAGUUUGACUUCUUCAUCAUCAUCUCAGCUGAUCGCUUCAAAGAAAAUGAUGUGAAGCUGGCUAAGGAGAUUCAAAAGAUGAAGAAGAAGUUCUACUUUGUUCGCUCAAAGAUUGAUGAUAACAUACGUUAUGAGAAAAGAAGUCAGAAAGAGUUCAAUGAAGAAAGGACCCUGACACAAAUCAGGAACAACUGCAUCCAGGGUCUUCAGGAUCAAGGUCUCCAGUCUCCUCAGGUCUUCUUGGUGUCCAGCUUUGACCUGAAACUGUAUGAUUUCCCUCUGUUAGUGGAGACCCCUGAAGGAAGAACUUCCUGAACUCCAGAAGGAUGU